ACCAUUGACCCAGAUAAACCCCAAAACACACACACACACUCCUGAGACUCUUGAGAGUAAGGACAUAUUCUCACUCACUCCACGUAUUAUCAUCUUCCAUUUCCACUUUCUCCACCAACCAAUCCAACUCAAAUGCAAGCAGCCCUGGCAGCCAUGGCCGCCCACUCUGUCAUGCUCUCAACCUACUCAUCCCACACUCUCUUCGCCCAAAUCCCAACCCCUCCUACUCUCCACUCCUCCUUCCAUGGCGUCUCUCUCAAGCUCCCCGUCAAAUCCUUCUCUCUCGCCGCCUCCGCCGCCCCUAAGCCUCUCGCAGUCGUCGCCGCCACCAAGAAGGCUGUCGCCGUCCUCAAGGGCACUUCAGCCGUCGAGGGCGUCGUCACCUUGACCCAAGAAGAUGACGGUCCUACAACUGUGAAUGUUCGUAUCACUGGACUUACUCCUGGGCCUCAUGGGUUCCAUUUGCAUGAGUUUGGUGACACAACAAAUGGAUGCAUUUCCACAGGACCACAUUUCAAUCCUAACAAUUUGACUCAUGGAGCUCCUGAGGAUGAAGUCCGUCAUGCGGGUGACCUGGGAAACAUAAUUGCUAAUGCUGAUGGAGAGGCAGAGGCAACAAUCGUGGAUAGCCAGAUACCAUUAACUGGUCCUAACGCUGUAAUUGGAAGAGCCUUGGUGGUUCAUGAACUGGAGGAUGACCUUGGAAAGGGUGGACAUGAACUCAGUCUCAGCACUGGCAAUGCGGGUGGACGAUUGGCAUGUGGUGUUGUUGGUUUGACUCCAGUGUAAGAACAACGUUUCUACAUUGAAGCAGAUUGGCAUGUUGAAAUGGCUGCUACUGUAGCAAACAUUUGUCAUAUAGAGAUUUAAUCUAUGGAGGGUGUAACGUAAUAUAUACUAUAGACAUUGUAGUCAUUACAUUGAUGGACUGUUUUUUAUCUCAAUAAAUUUCAAUUUCGUUUCACGGAAGCCCUUCUAACGAGGACCUUUAAGUGGAGGACUAGUUGAAGACUUUUCGGCUUAUCUCACUUUUCGAUCUUAUAUCUACAUCUUGACCAUUCAGUUUAUAGGUAUUUAUGAGUAGAUCAUUUCUGCAAGUUUUCAGUUAUAUUGAAAAUUAUUAAAACGUC